CCAAUUUUGCAUUUCAAUGGGAUUCGGGGCCACGGCCUGCAGCCCUUCACGGCGCUGAUUUGGGGGUGACCCGACCAGGUGAUAGUUUUGAACUUCUGGUGUUCUUUUUUGUUGGUUAAUUUUUCUUUGCCCUUUCCUGGAAUUGGACUGCUCCCACCAUCAUCAUCAAGAUUUGGUGCUUUCUGUUGAGUAUUUGCAUAAAGCUGCGACACUUUUUUGUUUUUAUUUUUUUUCGUUUGUGUUUGUUGAAAGGAACGUAAAGCUGCAUCCGAAGCCAUCUUCCUCAAAUCUCAGCUAAGACAAAAUUCCCAUUUUUGGUUGUCUGGCGAAGAAAAUCACACUUCUUGCUUAAUCAUUUGAUGGCCCAUGAUUAUGAUGCUAAACAGCCCCUAAUCCUGGGACUGGACAAUCCUUCUUCCCAAUUCAACGAAAAGAAUGCUCUGCUCAAAAGAAGAAAGAACCACCGGGGCAGUAGUGUUCCUUCACAAUAUGGCAGUCUCCAAAACCAAAAUGGCGAAUCUGACCUUCUGAAUUCUGAAUCCAUUUUUACUAAACAACCCAGUUUUAAAGAAGUUUUCAUGGUCUUGGCAGCUUACCUUGGAGUUGGUGCCCUAUGCUUCUUCCUCAUCAGGGAUCAGAUAAAGGGUACGAAAACAAAUGGGGUUUUGGAUGCCCUUUACUUCUGUAUUGUGACGAUGACCACAGUUGGAUAUGGUGAUCUAGUGCCUAAUAGUACUCUGUCAAAACUAUUUGCUUGUAUUUUUGUGUUUACUGGGAUGGCUCUUGUUGGCCUAAUUCUCAGUAAGGCAGCAGAUUACCUUGUGGAAAAGCAAGAAAUCCUCCUGGUUAAGGCAAUUCACCUGCAUGAAAAAGUCGGUCCAACUGAAAUUCUCAAAGAGGUUGAAAAUAACAAAGCGAAGUACAAAUUUUUGAUGGUGCUUAUCCUUCUUCUGGUGUUUAUGAUUGUUGGAACCAUUUUCCUAUGUCAAGUUGAGGAAAUGAAACUCAUUGAUGCCUUCUACUGCGUUUGUUCAACCAUCACCACGUUGGGGCAAAGAUCGCUAGUGAAAUGGGUUCUUACCCGAAAGAUGACAGUCUCAGAUCUUGAGGCAGCUGAUCUCGACGAUGAUAAUGUUGUCAGUGCUGCAGAGUUCAUUGUAUACAAGCUCAAGGAGUUGGGGAAGAUCAACCAGGAAGAUAUAUCAGCUGUGAUGGAGCAGUUCAAAAAUCUUGAUGUUGAUCACUCAGGAACUAUCACAACUGCUGAUCUAAUGCUUUCCCAGUCAUGAUAUUUCAGCUGCUGAACAUUGGAAAUGUUGGAAAAGGUUGGUCCCUUUUACUAAACAGUCCUUAAUGUCAUUUACUUUUGGAUGAAACACUAAUCAAAUAUAGAGAUCAUAGCCAUUUCCAAUUUUCUAACACAUAAAGAAUGUGCUACUCUGCUAACAACAAGAACUUUCAUCUAUAUUUAAAAGGAAAAAUUCAGUGAUGUGUUAUUAUUCUUU